UCAUUGAGCCUCAACCAAAACAAAAAAACCAAACCAAACCCACUUCUCUUCUCUCUUUUUCACUUCUAGGUUCUAACACUAUUUUUAUUUGUUUAGACUUUAGACCAAUAAGAGUACUACUCUCGCUCUCUCUAUGGCCGAUUCACAGAGAAAUAAAUCCGGGACCGGUGGCAGGCUCCAGCCGAGCCGGUUACAACGGCGGGCCCCAGCAUCACUACAGAUCGCCGCUCCUGCUUCUUCUACUUGGAACGUGGCUAUCCCUCUCCUAUCACCGCUUGCCACGUCACCCACGUCGCCGAAGCUUGGGGCCGAUGAGCCGAGGCAGCUACAGCAGCAGAGCUCGGUGGCUGAGACUGAGAAAGUGGGUUUCAAGAAGUGGCAGCACCCGGCGGCGCCUUUUAGCUACGGCCCAGCUCCGCGGGGGCGGCCCUUUGUGCCCGUUUAGUUAGCAAUUAGAACCCGACCCAUGUAAUUGUAAAAUAAUGUUAAUGUUAUUACUGUUGUUAUAUUAUUAUUAUAUUAUUAUUGCAAUGAGGAAUUAGGAUUGUGCAA